UGAUUGGCCGAUGGCGGAUAAUUAAACACCUACACAGUCAAUAGCCGAAGCCCGGCGUAUAUAGGCUUCAGCACUACAGCUGCGCUCAACAGGACCCAGAGCCACUCCGCAGAUCAGGAGAACAGGAGAACCGAAGAACAGAAGAACAGAAGAACAGAAGAACAGAACUCUGAGUUUGGGCUGAUAUUUACCCGUCUGUGUUUGUGCCGGAAGACUCCACGGUUCCACGGGAAUCAUGUUCAUGGUGAAAGUCUCCGCCCUCUUCGCCGCUUACUUCCUGCUCAUCUCCCUAAUGUACAGCUCCCACGCAGCACCCAGAUCUGCUGGAGACUCUGCGACAGACACAGUCGUGCUCAGCGACUAUGAAGCUCGACGGUUAAUAAAUGCGAUCGUUAAGGAGUUUGUGCAGAUGACAGCGGAGGAAGUGGAGCAGAACGAUGGGAACAGCAGCGUCUCGGUGCAGAAGCGGGCGUGUAACACGGCGACGUGUGUAACCCACCGACUGGCGGAUUUUCUGAGUCGUUCGGGUGGGAUGGGCAGCAGCAGUUUUGUUCCCACCAAUGUAGGCUCCAAGGCUUUCGGCCGCCGCCGGAGAACAGACAGAAUGUGAGAAUUACUGCAGGACCAGGAGGGUCCCCUCGGCUAGCGCUGUGUUCUAUCUACAACAACAACCGCAACAAACAACAAUAGCAACAACAAACAGGCCCCGUCCCCUUCCCUUUGAACUCCAGUGUGUGUGAAUCGCCCCACUGCUUCAGUCUGUGGCUUCUGGCAAACAGAUCUCACGUUGACGGAUCUCGCUAGGAAUGAUCAGCCGUAUACACAACAGGAAUAUGAUUUUUAUAUGAAAAUACUUUGAAAUAAAAAGAAAAAAGCAGUGUUUGUUUGUUUGUUCUUUCUUUUGAUGAUGAACGUGUGCUUUUUUACUCUUUAGAUGCAGCACUGAGCUGAACUUUAUCAGCUUCAAUACUUCUGGCUCCUUUUCACGACUGUGUGGUGCAUCUAAAUUGUAAAACGGUACACGAGGAUAUGUUCUACAUUAACAUUGUAAUAAUUGUGAAUUAAAGCAAAAUUAAAAUGUA